UGACAUGAUCAUCGAACUCGCAGCUAUAACCCCGAGUCAAGGAGAGCCACGACCCUGCCGGCGAGCUUAGCACAGUAGCCAGCCACCUCGAGAUGGGAGCGCACGAGCAGCCUCCGCAUCAUCCCCACAAGCAGAAGACCCCCCGCUCUGGCUAUUCCGUGCCCAGACCCGUCUGCGCUUGGCUGGCCUGCGGCUUCGUCUCCCUGGCUCUCCUCCACCUCCUCUGCUGCACUCCCCCCGGCACCCAGGAUGCCGUGCUCUCUCCCCUGCUCCAGUACGUCGAUGACACCUACAACUUCGUCUCGUCCGGCCCCCGGAGCUGCAACUACUCUGAGGGGAGGUGGGUGUACGCGCCGGGCCACGCGCGCCGGUACAACGGCACCGAGUGCGACGUCAAGGAGAGCCACGACUGCCUCCGCAACGGGCGGCCCGACACGGGCUACCUCGACUGGCGGUGGCAGCCGGCGGGGUGCCGCCUGCCGGCGUUCGACGCGGGGGCCUUCCUCUCGGCGGCACGCGGCAAGCACGUGGCCCUCGUCGGCGACUCCAUGGUGCGGAACCAGGCGCAGUCGCUCGCCUGCCUCCUCGCCGGCGCGGGCUUCCCGCACCGCGUCGUGUACCGGGACGCCGGCCCGCGCGGGAAGCCCGACCUGUGGCGCUGGGCGUUCCCGACGCACGGCGUGACGGUGUCCUUCUACUGGGCGCCGUUCGUCGCCAGGGCCACGGGCAAGGCGCUCAACGACACCCUGCCGCAGAGCAUGAACCACGUGCACCUCGACGCGGCCGACGACCUGUGGGGCGCCGACGCUGACACCAUGGACGUGGUGGUGCUCGGCACUGGCCACUGGCCGCUGAACGGCGCCAUCUACUACGUCAACGGCGAGGUGAUCGGCCACCACGUCCACGACGAGCUCGACCCGGCGAUGGACAUCGGGUACACCCGGCCGAUGAGGAUGGCGUACCGGACGGCGCUGGACCGGCUGAGCCGCUCCGGCCGGCCGCGGACCGUGGUGCUGGCCACCUUGUCGCCGGGCCACAGGUACGAGGGCGACACCCUUGCCACCAUGUGCCCGAGGAAGGCGCCGUACGAGGAGGGGGAGCACGAGCUGCGCGACAUCGACAGAGAGCUGGUCGGGCUCGUCUACGAGGAGGCGGAGGCCGCGAGGGCGAGGAACGGCGAGGGCGGCGCGACGAGGGUCGAGGUGCUGGACGUGACCAAGCUGGCGGCGAUGCGGCCGGACGGGCACCCCGGCGCGUACAUGCACCGGGACCCGUUCGCGCACGAGGUGCAGCCGUGGAUGGCGGCCGACUGCGUUCACUUCUGCCUGCCGGGGCCGGUCGACACCUUCAACGAGAUACUGCAGCACAUCCUGAUGAGGAAGAGGCGAUAGAUGAUGAGAUCAGAGAGUACGGCCGGCGACGGCGACCACUAGGUCUAGGUGUAGAUUCGCGAGCUCGGUCGCAGCUUGAUUAGUUAGGUCUAGGUGAUGCUAUCUUGCUACACUGACCAUGGGCAUGUGAAUUUUCCGGAUUGCUACAUAUCGAUCUCCUCAGCAAAUUGAAGCCCGGUAGCAGCAUGUAGUGCUGUUUCUUUCAAACGGCUCAUUUCUUCUGGUGAUCAAACAGAUCUAGAGGCCGUCUUUGGCAUCGCGAGGCGAGGUUUUGCUGCAGUUCCAUGUGAUUAAGGCAUUAAUUCAAGUUUUGCCAGUAUGUUGGAGAAGGUUUAAUAACAGCAAAUCUUGCCUUGGUUGCCGUAGCAACCUGCUUGAGAUUGGCUA